AUGCUUCUCUUCGCGGCUGUCGGUACAAUUCUGUUGAACUCAGCGACAGCUUAUGCUGCCACAGAUAGUUUCAAUGCCAGUUCUUCUGGAGCGGGGCUCUCGGGGACUAGUACUUCACUAUAUGAUAUGCUACAGCGCAAUAAAGAGGUCGAAUUUCAAUUAGCGAAAUCAUCUAUCCAAGGCGUGAGGAAGAUGAGCACAAAUGAAGGUGAAAAGUUCUUCCUUGACUAUUGGCAAUUUAACAAUGACUCUCAUGGAAGCUUGUCAGAGCGCGAUGUGGCCGAUUUUGAUAUUGAUAUCGAAAAGAGCUACGACGCCCAAAGUUCUCAAGAUGAGUCCCAGGUCAACCUCUUCCAUGCAAGAUCAUAUCCGUUCAAGCCUUCGUUCGACCGGGAAACAAAUUCAAUACUUGGCCGAAGUCUACUGGAUGUAAGAGACUUCAAGUGUCCUACUGGGACGGAUGCAUGCACAUCUAUCGGCCGGUCUGAUCGCUGCUGCAGCUCCAGUGAUACUUGUGAACUAGUUACAGAUACGGGAUCUGGCGAUGUUGGAUGUUGCCCGAAUGGGCAGACUUGUGGCGGUACCGUUGGAUCUUGUCAGAGUGGGUAUUCUACUUGCUCUACGGCUCUUGGAGGCGGGUGCUGUAUUCCAGGAUAUGAAUGUGUUUCUGGCGGCUGCGCAUUUGUUUCUGUGGUCACUAUUACUAUUGAUCAAACCGUGACACUAUCCACAAAGACCUAUUCAACAGAGCCACAAAACACUAAGUCUGUUUCUGCCUCAACCUCCACUUCAAAAUCUACGUCAUCUACUUCAUCAUCCUCAUCUACCACUGAAACCGAAACAACAGCCACAUUAGUAGCCCCAGCUCGGCCAACAAGCCUAACAACCCAAACCCACGCAACAACAAGUCAAACAGAAGUCUGCCCAACAGGCUUCUACGCUUGUUCCGCCGUCUAUGGUGGCGGUUGCUGUCAAACAGGUCGAAAUUGUGAUACAACAUCAUGCCCCACAACAUCGUCUACUACCUUUACGUCCAAUGGCGUGACUAUAGUGGAGCCUGUCACGACAUCAAGCUCAUCAAGUACGGGCAAAUGCGCGACAGGCUGGUCCAUUUGCGCUGCUACAGCUGGCGGUGGAUGUUGUCCGUUGGGUUAUAUGUGUGGGUCUAGCUGUACGGCAACAGCAGCGGCAACUACAGUUGCUAAGGAACAGGCUACUGGUGGUGCUGGAGGCGCAUACCAAAGUCAAUUUCAACCGCCCAUCAUGUCUGACAAGCCCCAAGCUCCCCUCCCCUUCAUCUACCAAUUCGCCGCUGGUGCGGUGGCUGGUGUCUCUGAGGUACCCGCUGGAUGUGGUCAAGACUCGAGUACUGGUGUCGCUGUCGCAGGCGCAGAACACUACAAUGGCAUGUUUGAUUGCUUUAGUAAGAUAAUCAAGACCGAGGGUUUCUCGCGUCUGUACCGUGGUAUCUCCGCUCCCAUCCUGAUGGAGGCUCCCAAGCGUGCUACUAAGUUCGCCGCAAACGACAGCUGGGGAGCUUUCUACCGGGGUCUGUUCGGUGUGGACAAGCAGACCCAGAGUCUGGCUGUUCUGACUGGUGCCACCGCCGGAGCUACUGAGUCGUUCGUCGUCGUUCCCUUCGAACUUGUCAAGAUUCGUCUGCAGGACAAGGCCUCCAAGUACAACGGUAUGAUGGAUGUGGUGAAGACAAUCGUUAGAGAAGAGGGCCCGUUGGCCAUGUACAACGGUCUUGAGUCGACCCUGUGGCGUCACAUCCUGUGGAACGCCGGUUACUUUGGCUGUAUCUUCCAGGUCCGCGCCCAGCUGCCCACACCUGAGCCUGGUAACAAGAGCCAGCAAACUCGCAACGAUUUGAUCGCUGGUUCCAUCGGUGGUAUCGCCGGUACUAUCAUCAACACCCCCAUGGAUGUCGUCAAGUCCCGUAUCCAGAACACCUCCAAGGUUGCCGGCCAGAUCCCUAAGUACAACUGGGCCUGGCCUGCUGUUGGAACUGUCCUGAAGGAGGAGGGCUUCGGAGCCUUGUACAAGGGAUUCAUUCCCAAGGUGCUGCGUCUCGGCCCCGGUGGUGGUAUCUUGCUCGUCGUCUUCACUAAUAUGAUGGACUUCUUCCGCACGAUGCGCGGUGAGCAGUAA